AUGAAAAUGAAUUCUAAAGUUUUUUUUCUUUUUUCCAUUUUAGUUUUUUUGUCUUUCUCUCAACUUGCUUUAGUUUCUUCUAGAAAGGCCAAAACCAACCAUGAAUUAGAUGGAUUCACUCUUGAUCUUAUCCAUCGCGAUUCUCCUCUUUCUCCCUACUACAACCCUUCAAUCACCCCUUCUCAACGCCUCCGAGAUGCAUGCCACCGAUCUUUUUCCCGAGCAUCUUUCUUCACAAAAGCCUCCAUCCAUCCCACCACACCUUUCAAACACGAUAUUCAAUCAGACAUUGUUCCAAUACCCGCAGAAUAUUUAAUGAAAAUUUCCAUUGGUACACCCCCAAGGGAAACCUUUGCGAUUGCUGACACUGGUAGUGACUUGACAUGGAUACAAUGCAAGCCUUGUACUGAAUGUUUUGACCAAAUCUUUCCCCUUUUCAAUCCUAGAAAAAGCUCAACUUAUAAAAUCAUUGGAUGUCAUAGUAAACAAUGUGAGGCAGUGGGAGAAACAGUUUGUGUUAGAAAAAAUGUUUGUCAAUAUGAGAUGCAUUAUGGUGAUAAUUCUUAUAGUGUUGGUGAUAUUGCUUCUGAGACAUUCACAUUUGCAUCAACAACAUCUAAAACCAAUGAAAAGGUCCAUAAUAUUUCAAUUCCACAAGUUAUUUUUGGUUGUGGACAUGAUAAUGGUGGCACUUUCAACAAUUUUACUGCUGGGAUUGUUGGAUUAGGAGGUUCAAAAGUCUCCUUUAUUAAACAACUUGAUAAACAAAUUAAAGGGAAAUUCUCUUAUUGUUUAAUCCCAAUGGAUUUAUCAUUACCAUUUUCUUUUGAUCCCAAUAUUACAAGUAAAAUUAAUUUUGGUCCUAAGGCAAUUGUAUCGGGGCCUAACGUUCUUACAACUCCCAUUAUUCGAAAGUACCCCGAUACAUUCUACUAUCUAAAUCUCAAGAGUGUUAGUGUUGGAGGUAAGAAGUUGAAGUACUUCAAGUCUUCACAACUCAUGAGUUCUUCUGCUGUUGCUGAUAAAGAUUUGGGAAAUAUUAUAAUCGAUUCUGGUACGACAUUGACAAUUGUCCCUGAGGAAUUUUACAAGAAAUUGGAAUCAACUUUGGUGGAAAAGAUUAAAGGAAAGAGGAAAAAGGAUCCCUCGAAUUACUUUCCCCUAUGUUAUGAGACGAAAAGCGUUGCCAAUUUUCCUAAGAUUGUGUUCCAUUUCACGGAUGCUGAUGUCGAGUUGUUACCUAUGAGUACAUUUGCAGAAGUUGAUGAAAAUUUGACUUGUUUGUUAAUUGUUAAUGGGGGUGUUGAUGGUCUUGCUAUUUAUGGAAAUUUGGCACAGAUGAAUUUCCUUGUUGGAUAUGAUCUUGUGAAUCGUAAACUCUCUUUCUUGCCUACUGAUUGUACCAAACACUGA